ACUAGAUGCACACAUAAUUGUUCAACUUUUAAAUGUGAUUUAUGCAUGUUGUGGGGGUGCCAGGGGGGAGGAAGGGCUCUCUCACAUGAAAAAUUGCCUUAUUUGAGAAAAUUUUGGCCACUGCUGGGAGGGGGCACUCCCUCUGCACCUCUCUGAAUCUACCACUGUUGUGGGAUAGAAUGCAAAAGUUAUUUGAUAUGUUGUCUAUUAACUACUGAAAUUGUUGAAGUCGUUCGGAAAAUUGCUCUGAAUAAUUAAAUGUCCCAAACACGGACCUUCACUGUAUGUCUAGACAUUGCGAACCUGUUGAUGUGAAGUGUACUAAAACAUACACUGCUGUUUUAUUUGAAGCCAAAACCAGUCUGGUUUGGUACAAUAACCCCUACAACAAGGCCCUCGUUGGGGGACCAGAGAGUGAAUCUGCGUUCACCCCAGUGCCAAGAGCCACGGCCAUUCUGCCUGGUGCAGGCUGUGCAUACGACUCCUCUAUCUUCACAUACGCCUGGGUGAAGAAGACACUGGAGGAUGCCAGCUUGGUAUUCGUCAAGGAUUUUGCCAUGAGCCUUGCAGGGAAGGUGUAUAUGGAUCACCUGCCUCAUGGGUACCGCCACACUUUCCUAAUCAGGAAUCCAAACAAGGUCAUACCCUCCUGGAGAAAAUGCCAUGAUGAGUGGAGACCAAGCAAACCACUUCUUGAUGAGGAGGCAAAGGAGGAGUGGCACAAAGCCAACAUUGGGGAGCAUGGGGGUUUCAAGGACCUCCUGGAACUGUACCAGUAUGGCAGAGAAAACCAGGAUCCGGCGCCGUUUGUCAUGGACGCCGACGAUUUGGUCUCCCAGCCCGAAACUGUGAUGGCUGCCUACUGCAAGGCCACUGGAAUUCCUUUCAGCAGGAAGCUGAUAGAAUGGGAGAAUGACGGCUCACAGAUGUACACCAAAUGGAUCACUUGUCGGGAUCAGUUAGGGUACUUCAACUGUGACUACCACACCAACGACAGGUGCAGUAGCGGCUUCAGGAAGAACGAAGACCUGCCCAAACCAGCUUCGACAUCCGUGACCAAUCCUAAGGCCAUUGAACAAAUAGCUAAGUGUGUGCCUUACUACGAAAAACUCUAUCGUGAACGCUUUGUCCCGUAAGGAACUGUGACUUUAACAGUACCAGAGGUAGUUGCUGU